AUGAGUUGUUUAUGUGAUGUUCACAGGAACACAUCCAGUCGUCGUUUAUUUAUGGGUUCUCUCUAUUUUUGAAUUUUUCUAUUCGUGAUUGAGUGGCGUAUGCUGUAAUUACAGCCCUACUCUGUGGUUUGCUUUUUCUCUUCACUUUCACGUUCAAUGACAUUAACGUGCUCUUAAUUUGCUGCCAGUCAUAAUACAUGUUAAUGUUUUUUAGAAAGAUAAUGGGACAAAAUUCGAUUGGCAUAGGAUUUUGAAGAUUUGUGAUAAUGGCGUUUAUACAACUCUUUGCUGUUGCCUCUUUUCCCGUGAUAAAAGUUUUACUGUUGACUGCACUUGGCUUGUUUCUAGCACUGGAUAACAUAUCUAUUUUGGGAGAAGAUGCAAGAAAAAAAGUGAAUCAGCUUGUGUUUUAUGUGUUUAAUCCAUCACUGGUGGGUAGCAAUCUGGCCGAAACGAUUACUUAUGAGAGUGUUGUUUUGUUGUGGUUCAUGCCGGUCAAUAUUCUUUGCACAUUCAUAUUAGGUUCGGCCUUAGGAUGGAUUGUGAUUAAAAUCACUAGGCCUCCCAAACACUUGGAAGGUCUAAUCUUGGGUUGCUGUUCUGCAGGAAAUUUAGGAAACUUGCCUAUGAUCAUUAUUCCGGCUAUAUGCAAGGAGAAAGGUAGUCCUUUUGGAGAUUCUGAUGUCUGCUAUCAAUAUGGGAUGGCUUAUGUUUCACUUUCGAUGGCGAUUGGAGCAGUUUUUCUAUGGUCAUAUGUUUUCAACAUAAUGCGAAUUUCUUCAAGGAGAAUCCAAAAUGAAGGUAGCAAGUUGAAGGCUUCUGAGGAAAUGCCACAGCCAGACAAUUUUUCAGAGACUCAAAAUCCUGCAAAAGAUGCCCUGAAUGAUGCAUAUGCCAUACUGCUUCCUAAAGAAGAAUCAGAGGAACAAGCAAAGAUUUCAAUCGCAGAUAAAAUUAAGCACAACUUUAGGAUGGUUUCAAGCAACUUCAAUUUCAAAGCCAUAUUUGCACCAUCAACCCUUGGAGCAAUUGCUGGCUUUAUCAUUGGUGUAAUCCCCCAAAUACGCAAUUUCGUUAUAGGCAGUGAUGCUUCGCUUCACGUUGUCGAGGACUCUCUUUCCAUGUUGGGUGACGCAGCCAUCCCAACCAUCACUCUUAUUAUGGGUGCAAACCUACUCAAAGGUUUGAAAGGAACAAGUACAUCAUUGUGGACCAUUGUGGGAAUUAUAGCGGUUCGUUAUAUUUUGUUGCCUCUUUUGGGUGUUUUAGUUGUUAAAGGGGCAAUAAAGUUGGGGUUGGUGCAAUCAAAUCCUCUGUAUCAGUUCGUGCUUCUACUUCAAUAUGCACUUCCACCAGCCAUGAAUAUAGGAACUAUGGCUCAGUUGUUUGGAUCCGGUGAAAGUGAAUGUUCUGUUAUCAUGUUAUGGGCAUAUGCUUUGGCGUCAAUUGCAGUAACCCUAUGGUCAACCUACUUCAUGUGGCUAGUGUCUUGAUUUUCUAUUCAUUAAUUAAUAAUAUUGUUAUUGUUUUAUCAGUUUUAUUAAUAUCAGAUUUUAGAUUGAGUUUGGAAAUUUAAAAAUAAUAAAUUUUUAUUAGAAAAUAAAGUAUUAG